CACGAGGAAAGAGGUAAGCUGCUACAGGUAGGUCGUGCCUUCCCGUAUUACCAUCCUAGUCAACCUCAGCGAGAUGCUUUUGACCAUCCCUCGAGCGCCAUUGCCGACAGGGCUGGCUUUCCUCUCUGGUCUCUUUCUUUUGACCUAUCUCUACUUCCACGCCUCUUCUUCCCCUAACACACAUCUUCUGUCGAUAAAAGGUUCGACACAAUCACCACAACUUUCGCAAUGCCCACCGUCAUCUGCGAUUAGCAACAUCGUCCUAUCCAUCAAGACAGGCGCCACCGAGGCUUUCGACAAGCUACCGACGCAGCUGCUCACCAUCCUGCAAUGCGCCGAUACGCUCCUUCUCUUCUCCGACCUGGAACAAGACAUCCACUCAUUACAUAUCCAUGAUGUGCUCUCCCGCUACGAUCCUGAGUUCCUCGCAAAUCAUGCCGACUUCGAAUUGUAUCGCAAGCAAAAGGAGUACCAAGCCGAAGGCCGCGACGUCCAAACCUUGAGCACCAUGAAAGAUUCAAACUCGGACUGGCGUACUGCUGGGCACAAUGCUGCUUGGGCCUUGGACAAAUACAAAUUUCUGCACAUGAUUGAAAGAGCUUGGGAGCUACAACCAGACAAAGACUGGUAUGUCUUCGCAGAAACAGACACUUAUAUCGUUUGGCGCAACCUCGUAAAAUGGCUUGAGAGGUUCGAUCCUAGCAAAUCGCUGUACCUCGGCCGAGGCGAGCCUAUGAAGAAAGAGGAGGGAGAGGGCUUCUACUUCGCCCAUGGCGGCAGUGGCUUCGUGCUGUCGCGUGCCGCCAUGUACGACUUCUGCGUCACCAAGAAAGGCCUUGCCAGUCGCUGGGAUGCUCGCAUACCGGAUCUGUGGUUCGGCGAUUACGUCGUCGCGAAAGCUCUUAAGGAAGAGCUGGGCUUGAACCUGACUUCUGCAGCUCCUAUGUUCAGUGGCCACAAACCUAUGAGCCUGCCAAUCGGCGCUGGUAUCUGGUGUCGCCCUGUCAUCACUCAGCACCACCUCCGUUCCGAGGAAGUCCAGACAUUGUGGAUGUUGGAAGAUGACUUCUACACCAACACUUCUUCCAGCAGUGCUCCACAUUUACGCUUCUCUCACUUAUUUAGGGAUUUGCUCUCUGGCGUCAAGUUCCCAGAGCGACGCGACGAGUGGGACAAUGCGUCAAACGACAACGUCUACACUAUCAAAGCUCCACGUACACGAGCCCAGGCCAAAGAAAAGCCGAACGAGCGUGUGGGUGAGCCUACUGUAGAGAAAGAUCCUAAUUCUUCACCUGAUGCAUGCAAUACCGCUUGCGAAGUCACUGAAGCAUGUUUCCAAUGGGCACAUCUCAACUUCACAACAAUUGAAGAUGAUGAAAAGAAACAUGGUGGCGGAAUCUGCUACUUGAGCAGUGUUUUCCGGUUCGGAGAUCAGAGACCCGAAGAGUCGUGGGUUGACGAAAAGAAUGCGACCAAUAUCCAUUUGUGGACUUCAGGUUGGCAGACGCCAAAAAUCGAGAAAUGGCUUGCUGAGGCGCCCGACGACUGUGGCAAGGUCGAAUGGUCAUAAUGAAAUCUAGAACUCCAUAUACUUUUUAAUUACUUUAAUACUUUCGUUCGU